CAAAAUAAGGACAUCUUUUUUUAUCCAAAAAAAUUUUGAAAAUUAACGGUUAUCCAAAUAUAAACGGUUUUAUUUAUCGUCUGUUUUUGUCAAAAUGUCGUUAAUUUUUUUAAAAUUCAAAAAUAUAAAAAAUUAAAUAUAAUUUCUAUUUUCAUGGUCAAUUAAACACAAUAUAAUUUAUUAUUAGCAUAAAUAUCAUAAAAGCAAACGUAUAGCAUUAUUUAUAAAUGAACGGAUUAAAAAUUCAUUCUUCGCCAUUCAAUAAUUCUCCGCUGAUGAAUACGUCUGCAAAAUCCUUAUGCAAAAAAAGACUCUUUGGGCAAUGUGCUAGCAAUUCGGAUUUUAAAUCAGAAAUAUUCGUUAAAUUUCGUAAACUACAUGCUAAUCAAGCUUCCAAGUGGAAUUUCGAUUUUGUCGCUGAAAACCCUUUACCCGGACCUUAUCAGUGGCAAAGUUUUUCUGGCUUACAGUCAAAUAACUUUAAGUCUAAUAUUAAAGAUCACAAUUCACAUGAUGUCAUUACUAGGUUUAAAGAAUCACAAUCAUUGAAUGCUUAUACGGUUGCUGAGCAUUCGCAACAACGUCACAUUUCUUUUCCUAAAAUACCAGUAUUAGUCGCAUCCAAAACUUUAGAAAAUAUUCACUCUACCCAAAAUAUAUCGAAAGAAAUUUCGUCUAAUUCUCUCCUCGAUAUAGUUCAAAAUCCCUGCUUAAAUAUCGAUUGCAAAAUUUGCUCAAAAGUUGACCUGACUCCCACGAUAUAUCAAUCCAAAAUUAUAGAUUACUUUCCAGUGCAAAAAAGAACGAAAACCAGUUGUGGCCACACCAGCGAAAUACUUUGUUACAAGAGAAAAAUAUUAUAGCUAUUUUAUCGAUUUAAUAUGACUAAAGAGAACAUUUUCACGAAAUAACAAACAGAUGAACACUUCAUCUAAGAUGAAGGUUCUUCCUGGACCAUUUAUUGUUUACCUUUAGAUCUUUUCAAACGAUAUUAAUAGUCCUGCUUUAUAGCCAAAUCUAAAUCAUUAUUACAUUGCUCAUAGUAAAACAUUUCAUAUAAAUUAUUCAUUUUUUAAAAAAAUUCACGUUUUAUUUUUUUUUUGACAAAAUGACAACCCAUGAAAAAUUGCAAUAUCUAGUUUAAAGUUUUAUAUCAAAAAAUUCUUUCUUCAAUAUUAUACGAAUUUAUAAUGAAGGAUCUUACUUUUAGUAAAUAAUUUAUGAAUAUAUUUAUAUUAAUUUUAUAACAAAAUAACGGUUUAUAAAUUAACUCAUUUCAUCAGUUUUUUAUAGACUAAAUUAUGAUGUUGUAUUUAUCUAAAAGGCAUUUUUUUUUAAUUUUGUU